UUAGUGGCUAAUCCUUUAGCCUUUUUGUACGUAGAAAAUACAUUUUUUUGCACCAAACACGGAUUAAAAAAAAACGAGAUUGUUUAUGCAAUUUACAUUGAGCACUGUGCAAUUAACUUAAAUAAAUCAUAUCCAUAGAAAAGGCAGAAGCUCAAGCAGGUGUCACCAAAAGCAUUUUAUAGGUGUGAACUUGAGAUUUGGCAUUAACUACAGGUGGUGUUCCUUAGAUACUUGCCAUAAUGGGGUGCAUUUCUUCAAAACUUAUUAUAGCAAGAUCAAUCAGUUUCCAUGAAGAGAGAAAUCAAAGAUCAAAGAGAAUAGCUAAUAGUAUUCCAUUGCUGGAAGAUUUAAUAAAAGCAUCCAAUAAACUUCAUUCUAGAAGCUUGAGUUCCAACACCACUUCAAAACUGGCUGUUGAGCCUGAAAUUCCUGAGCAUAUUGUUUACUCUCUUACUCAGGAGAAUUUACCUGGUUUUGAAGAUAAAGAUGAGUUGAGAUAUAAGGGUGAUAUAGGUAAUAGGAGUUUUCACACUGUUGAGGAAUAUGAUGAUAUGGUUAAUAGAAUUUGGUUGACCAAGUCUCAAAUAGUUCAGCAAAGUGAGUUUAAUAAUGAAGAUGGUGAUGAUGAUGUUGGCAGAGGCUCAGAAAUCAAAAUAGACCUUCAGGAAAAGGAUUCUAUCAGUAAGAAUGAGGAAGUGGUUCCGAGUCAUGAAACAAGAAUGCUUGAGAGUGUUUCACAAGGGGUAGGAACCAUAGAGAAGGGAAAUAAAAGAAAGGCUAUAGCAAAGAGACUAGAAUCCCUUAGUAUACCAUCCAAUGUUGAAUGUCCAGCCACUGGUAGUCUUAGAGAAUCGCUUGCUACAGAUGGAAUAUACUCUCCUGGAUCCUAUAUCACACCAAAAUUUGGCAGCUAUUCUUCAAUGAACAUUAGGAAUGAAAAUGAAUCCAGUGAGGAUUCUAUAUUACCAGAGUUGAUAUCUGCAUUUGAAGAAUGUAUGCAAAAGCUUGAAGCAGAGGAAGAAAACAUUCUGAAACAAAUUCUAGAGAAUGUGGAAGAAGAAAUUGAUGAAGGAAUGCGGACAUAAGAAAGAACUUCAAUACUCCACCACCAUACAUGAAUUUUUCUUGUAAAUCUGAGUUUUAAGAAUUUUGUCUUUUUUUCUUCCUUUUGUGCAUGGGUAUACUAAUUAACAAAACCAAUUUAAUUAUCUUAUA